GGUGAGACAUCAGUGAGGCAGAGGAGCCUGCUGCACACGUGUUUGGGUGACACCCACAGACUGAACAUGACUUCCACCCAAGGAGUGAUCACAGCCCCACCCCUUCCCAGCAUGCCUCACAAGGAGGGCUACUUUGACCGUAUCAAUGAGAAUGACCCCGGCUACAUCCGCGAGAGAAACAUGUCCCCCGACCUGCGCCAGGACUUCAACAUGAUGGAGCAGAAGAAGAGGGUCACUCACAUCCUAAAGAGCCCCGCUUUCCGUGAUGAUCUGGAGACUCUGAUCCUGGACCAGAUGAAUAAGGGCAACACCCCCACGGAGUUACUGGCCCUGCAGCAGAUCUCUGAUUAUAUCACCGCCAGCGCCAUCUCUGGCUUCUCCUCCUCACAACUUGGUGUGGGGACGGUGACCCCGAUUAACGACAUACACCCGGUGGUUGAAGGCACAAUGGGUAAAGGAGAGAGGCUGGCGCGCUGCAAGUUGGCCUGUAUGUACAGACUGGCGGAUCUGUUUGGUUGGGCACACCUGGGCAAUGCCUAUAUAACGGUGAGAGUCAGCAAGGAACAAGAUCACAUCCUCAUUAUGCCCAGAGGCCUCUCCUUCUCAGAGGCUUCAGCCUCCAACUUGGUGAAGCUGAACAUAAUCGGAGAGGUGGUAGAACAGGGGAGCACAAACCUGCAAGUCGACCCUUCUGGCUUCAGCCCACACGCCGCCAUUUACUCCACUCGCCCGGAUGUGCGUUGUGUCAUCCACAUCCACACGCCCGCAACUGCUGCUGUCUCCUCUAUGAAGUGUGGAAUCCUCCCCAUAUCCCAGGAGGCCAUGCUGCUGGGGGACGUGGCCUAUUACAAUUACCAGGGGUCUCUGGAUGAGCAGGAGGAGAGGAUUGAGCUGCAGAAGGUGCUUGGGACCAGCGCUAAGGUUCUGGUGCUGAGGAAUCAUGGGGUCCUGGCCCUGGGGGAGAGUCUGGAGGAAGCGUUUCAUUUCAUAUACAAUGUGCAGCUGGCCUGUGAGGUGCAGGUUCAUGCACUGGCUGGAGGAGGAGGGGUUAAAAACCUGGUGUUACUGGAUCUGGAGAAAUUCAAACCCGCCACUUACUGCGUUGCUGCGAAUGGAGCGGGCGGAGUUAACAUGGAAGGGGAUCACAAGUGGAAAGUCGGGGAGUUGGAGUUUGAGUCCCUCAUGAGAAUGCUGGAUAAUCUGGGCUACCGCACGGGCUAUGCCUACAGACGCCCCCUGACUCGGGACAAGCCCCGGCACAAGAGCGACGUGGAGAUCCCGGCAACUGUCACGGCUUUCUCAUUCGACGAGGAUCCCAUGAUGCAACACUCCCCCCUGAGACUCAUCGCUCAGAAGCAGCAGAGAGAGAAAACUCGUUGGCUCAACUCCCCCAACACCUACAUGAGGGUCCGUGUCCCCGAGGAGUCGUACAGUGGGGAGAUGAGCCCCCGCACCAAGAUCAUGUGGAUGAAGGCCGAGCAGCAGAAUAAGACGAGCAGUGGGUUCCCCAUCAAAAUAGAAGACCCCAACCAGUUUGUCCCACUAAACACCAACCCCACCCACGUCCUGCAGACCAGGAACAAGAUCCGGGAACAGAACCGCUUUGACCUAAAGACGGCCGGGCCACAGUCUCAAGUUCUGGCUGGGAUCGUGGUUGAGAAUCCGAGUCCUCAGUAUCAGUUUGAAGAAGACGAAAAUGCUCCCCCACUCCCUCCCAACCCGUUCAGCCAAUUACUGGAAGAGGAGACUGAGGGAUUGGACAGCAAGGAUCUAGAUGCUGAUCCAGAAUUAACCCCUGAAGAUGCUGCACCAAUUGUAAUAACUCAAUCCCCACCCCAGACGCCAGUAACCAGUACAGAACAUGUGGUGGAGUUGAUGUUCCAGUCGGAAUUGUUGGCCGUGGUGAAUGGGAAGGAGAUCGGGGGCCACGGGGAGGAUCCGAGGGUGCAGGUCGGCCACGUGAAUGUGGGGGAGACGGUGGAGAUCACAGUGCGACCCUCAGACAAGAUUAUUGAAGGGGAUUUAACCCCCGAGGGCUCACCCUCCAAAUCCCCCAGCAAGAAGAAGAAGAAAUUCCGCACCCCGUCUUUCCUGAAGAAGAACAAAAAGAAGGAGAAGCUGGAGGCCUAACGGUCACUUGGGGACAAAUCCACUAGAUUUUGGGGAGCAGGUUCAGCCCCUUCUCCAGUGUUGGGGGGCACCUGGGUCUCAUUGCACAGCGUUUGUUAAACUUUGCUUCAUUUCCUGGUCUUUCUGGAACACCAGCGUAUUGGGCCCUUCCCAGGGACUCUCCUCUCAUCGUGGGGCUCAUUCAUGUUUCCAGGGGGGCGAGUAGUGUGACCCCAAGUUAUUUUAUCACUUAUUCCUCAGAUUCCCCCGGGGGCACUUCUGUCCUAUAGCAGAAUAUAUAUAUAUUUUAUAGCCACAGUUUUAGCCUAAAGUCUGCGCCUCUAAAUUGCUUAUCCCUGGCCUGCAAAGGGUGCUGGGAGUUGAGUAUGUGCUGGGAGUUGAGUAUGAGCUGGGAGGGGCAGUACUGAUCUAAGGGUCUCUCUGUAUAAGGGGGAGGCCGUCCUGUCUAAUGGCUGCAAAUAGAUUGGGACUCCCAGCAUCCUCUGUAUCCGGCUGUCUGUGGCUUCAGCUUGGCUGUUACUUACAGAGGAUUCUGGGAGUUGUAGUGUCUGAGAAGCUUCAAAUCAAGGCCCACCCCUUGCUGCUUUAUUAAGGUGCCACUGUUGGAGGGGGAGGGGCAAGGGUGAUGCUUCUUAAACUAAAGUGAUUUUAUAUAAGCCCCCCCCCCCCCCCGUGAGUGCAGGGAGUUUUAUAAAUGGGGGGGUUAAUUAUUUUAUAUUUACUUUUUUAUUUCACUGGUAAGAGAUGCACCCCUAGUUCUCUGCACCCCCAGUUCUCUGCACCCCACAGCGUAUUCUGCCCUUAAUUCUUCAGUGUAAAGGGGAAGUAAACCCCGAUAUAGAAUGUAAUUGCCAGCCAUUCUCCCAUUCAUUCAUUCUUGUUACAAUAAAAAUGCAAGUCCCUCUGCACUGCUGGCCCUGACUCCAUACACCACUGAAACAAAGUCGUGCAUGCGGUGAGUCUAAGAGACAGGUGUGUGCUAAGCUUUGUGGGAAAUGGGAGGCUUGGCAAGCGCUGACUAGUGGUACAUGUAGCCAGAACCAGCAGUGCAGAAAUAGCAAAGGAUGUACAGACACUGCUGCCAAUAGUUAUAUGUAAUGGUCAACCCAAUGAGAAUGAUUGGAUAUUGGGAGGUUACCCAGAAUUCCAUUUUCUUGCAAUGUUAUAUAUUUGGGUUUAUUUCCCCUUUAAAAGCAAAGGGCAAAAAGUAGGGUCAUUGGUUUCCCAUUAGUAAAUGAGUCAGAUAUUAGGCACAAUAUGAAGAUAGAAUGGGGUGGGGCAAGGCUUAGCUGUGGGUGUGGCCAGACUGCUUUCCUGGGAGGAGACUAGUGUGGGGGAGGGGCAGACCUUCAAGGUUAUACCUUCCCUCAGUCUUCAUUGCAUUCCACGUGGCAGUUGUGCCCCAUGGAUACUUAUUACCACUCUACACCAGCCGCUUUUAUCUCUCUUUAAUUUUACACUUUUAUUAGCAGCCGGCUCUGGGCUCUUGUACGGGCCCCGGGGCCACAUGCUUGUAGUAUGUCUUUACACGCCACUUCCACAGUGUAACUAUAACAUCCAUGCACAGGAGCUGCCAUACUAUUUGCUCCAGCUCAGACGCUCAGACUAGAGAUCAGUACUACCCCCCUUCUGCUCAGCUUCUCUUGUAGAGGAUUCUGGGAAAUGUAGUUCUUGGCAAACUGACCCCAGGGAGAUUGGCCACAGGCCGGUUCAUGUAAAGCUCUUACUAAUGUGCGUGGGAUUUAAAUGUGAAAUACUGGGGGACACAGUUUGGGGGGUGAUUUGAGUUGGUCGUUUGGUUAAAGGAAAGAGCCAAGGGGGGAGAUUUAUUAGACAAGAGAGUUUAGCUGUGAGCUUUGGGUGCCACCGACUGUCCCCUAAUAGCUGCAAACACUAUGGCAGCUCUCACCCCUACACUUACACCGCCACGCCCCAUUACUAUCUUACUGUGCAUGCUGGGAAAUUCAACCUUAUUCUUCUUCUUAUACUUUCUCUUUAAACAGUGCCCCCCCCCCAGUGCCAUCAAUUGGGGACAGUGGGCGGAGUCUCUGCACGAGGGGUUUUGGGGGGAGGCCGGGAUUUGGGGCAAAUAGAGAAUGUUUUACUGAACCAAAGAUUCCUGACCUGGGCCAGUCUGUUCCCUCUCUGUGCCCCUUCCUAUAUAAAUAUAUAAUGAAUUCUGGGCCACCCCAUCAGUAGCCAUUAGUAGCCACAUUCUAUUGCCCAGGGCCAGUUCAGUGGGUGGAGCACAAAUACCAGAUUGUCCCCAUUAUUAGCAGUGGGCUGGGACAGGGGCGGAGUCUUGCUCCAGGAUAUGCAGGGCUGAUAUUAAAGGGGCGGGCUCUAAGCAGUAAAAUGUAAGUGCUGCCAUUGGACGAGGGUCAGAAUUGGGACUGUUUCCUGGGCAAAGCCUUGUGGGUAACGGGCCCCAGACUCCAGCUUUAACUGCACGUGGGGGUACGGGCACCACAGAGGCUGCUGGGAGUUGUAGUACUUGAGCAUCACUGCACUAGGAAAUCUUUCCAGUUACAAAAAGCAAAUUUCCCAUGGUCCCAAGGGGGCGCUGGAGAGUGAGACGUCGCCAAUCGCUGGCGUUGUGGGAGGGGCCCAGUGUAUAUCUCUAUGUUUUCUAUGAUAUAAAUGCAGAGUCUAUAUGAGAUUAUAUGGGACCGCUAGUCGCACCUUUCUUCUCCCGCUCUAUGUAUCACUUUAGCGCAAGGAAUGAGCCACCGGAGAAACGUAACCUAGAAAUAGCCGACCAAUUGCAACUAGUCGUGUCGCUAAUUCAUGCGCAAUCACAAAUAAACAGUAUUUUACCUACAGAUUUUGUACUUUGUAAUAAACAUUUAAUCUUG